AUGUCUCUAAAAAGAACGGGAGAAAAAGACGGAAUUUUCAUGGAUUCAGCUUCUAUUUUUGAAUUUACAAAUUUAGGAGCAGGAAAUGAAGUAGGACGCUCAUGCCAUAUAAUACAGUUUAGGGGAAAAACAAUUAUGCUUGAUGCAGGCGUUCAUCCUGCAUAUAAUGGGCUUUCAGCACUUCCAUUUUACGAUGAAAUUGAUCUUAGCACGGUGGAUAUUCUACUUAUUAGCCAUUUUCAUGUGGAUCAUAUUGCAUCACUUCCAUAUGUAAUAACCAAAACAAAUUUCAAAGGAAGAGUAUUUAUGACGCAUCCUACAAAAGCUAUUUAUAAAUGGUUACUUACGGAUUUUUUGAGAGUUAGUAAUACAACAUCGGAAGAGCAUUUAUAUGAGGAAAAAGAUUUAAUAAAAUCAUUUGAGAAGAUAGAAGUAGUUGAUUAUCAUUCAACAAUUGAUGUGAAUGGGGUUAAAUUCACACCAUAUCAUGCAGGACAUGUACUUGGUGCAGCAAUGUUUUUUAUAGAAAUAGCAGGCAUUAAAAUACUUUUUACAGGUGACUAUUCAAGGGAAGAAGAUAGACAUCUUAUACCAGCGGAACUUCCUCCAAUACAGCCUGAUAUAUUAAUAACAGAAUCAACAUAUGGAACUGCAUCUCAUCAGCCAGUAUCUGAAAAAGAAUCACGAUUAACCAAUAUAAUCCAUUCGAUUAUUCGUAGAGGAGGAAGAGUUUUGAUACCGGUAUUUGCACUUGGAAGAACUCAAGAAUUGAUGUUAAUUAUCGAUGAAUAUUGGCAUAAUCAUCCUGAACUUCAUUCUAUUCCUGUUUAUUAUGCGUGUAGUUUAGCUAAAAAAUGCAUGACAGUGUAUCAGACAUAUAUUAACACAAUGAACAAUAAAAUUAGAAAAGCAUUUGAAGAAAGGAAUCCUUUUAUAUUUAGAUAUAUUAGCAGUCUAAAAUCAUUAGACCGGUUUGAAGAUAUUGGACCCUGUGUUAUGCUCGCAUCUCCUGGGAUGUUACAGAAUGGUGUUUCUAGAACACUUCUAGAAAAAUGGUGUCCCGACCCAAAAAAUGGUUUAAUUAUCGCAGGAUACUGUGUAGAAGGAACUAUGGCAAAACAUAUACUAAAUGAACCUUCAGAAAUUAUUUCACUUACUGGCCAAAAAAUCCCUAGGAGAAUGACAGUCGAAGAAAUAUCUUUUGAAGCUCAUGUCGAUUAUAUACAAAAUAGUCAAUUUAUCGACCUUGUAAACGCAAAUCAUAUUAUUUUGGUACAUGGAGAACAAAACAAUAUGGGUCGACUAAAAAGUGCAUUAUUAAGCAAAUAUUCUCAUAGAAAAAAUGAAGUUCAUGUCUAUAACCCCAAAAACUGCGAAACAUUAAAACUCACAUUUAAAGGAGAUAAAAUAGCAAGAACAAUAGGCCAUAUUGCAGAAACUCCUCCAGAAAACAAUCGUGUUAUUAGUGGAAUAAUGGUUCAAAAAGACUUUCAAAUAAAUAUUAUGUCAUCAGAAGAUUUAAAAGAAUUUGGCGGACUUACAACAAGCAUUAUUAUGCAACGUCAAACCCUUUCUUUUCACGCAAAUAUUGAUGUUUUACAUUAUCAUCUUGAACAAAUGUUUGGAACAAUCGAAGAGGAAAUAGAUGAUAAUAAUAAUAGAGUAUUUAAGAUUAUGAACAUAAUAUCAAUAAAAUGUCUUCAAAAAAACAUCCUUUCAUUAGAAUGGAUAGGAAAUGCACUAAACGAUACAAUUGCUGAUACUGUUCUUGCAAUUAUUCUUUCAGCAGAAAGCAAUCCUUCUUCUAUAAAAACAACUUCAGAUUCCAAUAAUCACUGCUUACACUCCAAUUUUGAUUACAAAGAAAAAAAAAAUAGGAUAGAAAUGUUUCUAAAAUCUCAAUUUGGCCAGGCUCUUGUUAUUAGUAACGAUAUUUUCGAAAUUCAUAUUGAUAAUCAUAUCGCAAAAAUUAAUUUAGAAACAUUCAAUGUAGAAUGCACAUAUGAACCUUUACGAAGUAGAGUUUCACAUGUUCUUGGUGGUGCAAUUGCAACUAUUACUCCAUUUUCAGAUUCUUAA